AUGCCGUCUUCGGGCCGCUCCAGCUCCGGUAACUCACCGAGUCCACGGGCGCGCAGACCGCGGACUCGUUCCCGCAGUCGAUCGCGUAGUUUAUCGCCAUACAGUUUUGGUCCCAAACUUCCAAAACUACGGAACAGAGAACGGGAGCGAGAGGACCGUGAAAAGCGGUUCAGAGAGGCGAAAACUCUCAGGCGGAUUCGCAUCGGCAGUCCACACAGAAGUCGGUCUCGAUCCAGGGAGCGACAUACAAACAACUACCACUGGCCCGAUCAGAGAGACGGCGGAGCCAGGGAUGAAUAUUAUUACGAACAGCAAAGAGACGACGCACAGAGGCAGAGACAAGAUGCUUUCAUUGCGAGGCGUCUUCAAGAAAGAGAACGAAUCGGUGAACUUGGUUGUCCUGAAGUUUGGGGAUAUUCACCUAGAGUGAAAGAACCUGAUUCAGAUGAAUUCACCCCCGUAGAAGAUAAUGACAAAAACAGCAGUUCUGACUCAAGUUCUGAAGAGGAGAAGAAGAAGAAGAAAAAGAAGAAGAAAAAGAAGUCAAAAAAGAAAAAGGGCAAAAAGCAUUCUGAGGACAGCGAUCUGGAAUCCGAUUCUGAUGGAGAAACACUGAAGAAGAAAAAGAAGAAAAAGAAGAGCAAAAAGUCUAAAAAGUCUAAGAAAAAGAAGGUGAAAAAAGAGCACAUAGAGUCUAGUGCAUCUAGUAGUGAGGGAUCUGGAGAUGAAGAGGAGGAGGAGGAGGAGGAUGAUGAUGAUGCGGGUGCGAUAAUGUGGGUGGAGAAAACCUGCAUAGAUGAGCAUGUGGUUGGCCCUGAAGCACCCCUCACACAUCUGUCCCAGGAUGACAAACCCCUAGAUUUUGGACAUGCACUGCUGCCAGGUGAAGGUGCUGCAAUGGCAGAAUAUGUGAAAGCUGGCAAACGAAUCCCAAGAAGAGGAGAAAUCGGACUCACGAGCGAUGAGAUCGCAAACUUUGAAAAAUCUGGUUAUGUGAUGAGCGGAAGCAGACAUCGUCGCAUGGAAGCUGUGCGUCUAAGAAAGGAAAACCAGAUUUACAGUGCAGACGAAAAACGAGCUCUGGCUUCAUUUAACCAGGAGGAAAGGAGAAAGAGGGAGAGCAAGAUCCUAUCAAGCUUCAGGGAAAUGGUGUAUAGAAAAACCAAGGGCAAAGAUGAAAAAUAA